CGUAUUUCCUGUUGUGCCAAGGUCCGCUCAGCUGAGAAAGUGCUCUCGAGUCUCUCCUCCUCUCAACAACAACAACAACAACAACAACAACAACAUCAACAACAACAUCGCGCUCACUCAGAGUAAACCUCCUCACGGAGACAUUUUAUAUUUUAUAUCUUAUAACUGCAGUUCGUCAGCAGCUGCGGGAACACGCGUCACAUCGCGAGAUCUCGUUAGUCUCGUUCUCAGGACGUCUCAACCGGACCGUGCUAACGUUAGCUCAACGGCUAGCAACCAUUCACUCUUCAAACUAUCGAUUAACCGAAACUAUGGAUCCGAUAGGAGUCACAGCGGAAACACGGAAGAGCCCGUGGGGUUCGGCGGCGGCGGUGCCGGCGGCUCCGGCCUGCUCUCUGGCCGAUGUGAUGAGCGAGCAGCUGGCCAGACAGAUGGAGGAGGAGAACGAGGACUUCCCUACGCUCACUGAUCCCGGAGCUGAUCUGUUGUUGUCGGAUGAAGUUUCCGAUACAACCAGCGACCUGAUGCUCGCCAAGAUGCUGCAGAUGCAGUUCGACCGCGAGUUCGACGACCAGCUCCGUCGGGAGGAGAAGAAGUUCAACGGAGACAGUAAAGUGUCCAUCUCCUUUGAGAACUACCGCAUGGUCCAUCCGUAUGAAGACAGCGACAGCUCGGAGGACGAGGUGGACUGGCAGGACACCAGACACGACCCCUACAGAGCCGACAAACCGCAGACGACGCCCAGGAAGGGCUUCACCGGGAAAGGCAAGAACAUCACGACCAAACACGACGAGGUGACCUGCGGCCGCAAGAACACCGCUCGCAUGGACAACUUUGCUCCAGAGGUCCUCGUCGGCGACGGGUUGGGGAUGGACCUGAAGUUGUCCAAUCAGGUGUUCAACUCUCUGAAGCAGCACUGCUACAGCGAGCAGAGACGCAGCGCCAGACUGCACGAGAAGAAGGAGCACUCCACCGCCGAACAAGCAGUGGACCCUCGCACUCGUCUGCUCAUGUAUAAAAUGGUGAACGCCGGCGUGCUGGAGCACAUUAACGGCUGCAUCAGCACCGGAAAGGAGUCCGUCGUCUUCCACGCUGACGGAGGGAGUCUGGAGGAGCAGCCCGUUCCCGAUGAGGUGGUGCUGAAGGUGUUCAAGACGACGCUCAACGAGUUCAAGAACCGAGACCGCUACAUCAAAGACGACUACCGCUUCAAAGACCGCUUCAGCAAGCUGAACCCACGGAAGGUCAUCAGGCUCUGGGCCGAGAAGGAGAUGCACAACCUGACCAGGAUGAAGAAGGCGGAGAUUCCCUGUCCGGAGGUGGUGCUGUUGAAGAAGCACAUCCUGGUGAUGUCUUUCAUCGGUAAAGACCACGUUCCCGCUCCCAAACUCAAAGACGUCAAGCUGGGUUCAGAGGACAUGAAGAACGCCUUCUACCAGGUUCUCCACCUGAUGCAGCUGUUGUAUCAGGAGUGUAAUCUGGUUCAUGCUGAUCUCAGUGAAUACAACAUGCUGUGGCACGAAGGGAAGGUGUGGCUGAUAGAUGUCAGUCAGUCCAUCGAGCCCACCCAUCCUCACGGCUUGGAGUUCCUCUUCAGAGACUGCAGGAACGUCUCCACGUUCUUCCAGAAGAGAGGCGUGAGCGAGGCGAUGAGCGUGUACGAGCUCUUCAACGCCGUGAGCGGGCUGAACAUCCCCGUGGGUGCAGAGGACGAGGCUGAGUUCAUGUCUGAGAUCGUGGCGUUGGAGAAGAGGAACGAAGACCACGUGCAGAAGCGAGGAAAGAAGACCUUCCCCGUGUCCUCCGAGGACGGCGGCCCUCCUUUAAAACCCGACGCCGACGACUAGCGGCCGCCCAGCACGCUCUCUCUUCACGAUCCCGCCGUGUUGAAAACACUUAAUAAAAGAGGUGAUGAACGGAGGAGCCCCCCCCCCAUUGGAGGACCCCGCCACCACCCACUGACCCACCCACCAACUGCAGGACGGAGCGCCUCCUCCCGGCUGCAGGAGGGAUGAGUUUCACCGUGUUGGAUGUUGAAGUCGGAGCGUCCUGAGCCGGUCUCCCUGAAGCUGAGACCACAUCUCAAAAUGCUCCCGCUGCUUUAUCGGCCCAACGCCGACUCUGGUUUGUGUUUUUUUUUGUAAGAAUCGCAGUAAAAGAAAAAGCUAAACGAGGACCUGAUGGAAGGUCAAAGUCUUUAUUUUAAAUUGUUGUUGAGUUUCUCGGGAGUGAGGGUUGAGUAAGAACUUCCCUUCCUCUCCAGUUGUGAUGGUGACGGUGAGAACGAAGAGCGUGUUGGGUUUGGAUAUCAAACUGUGUCGCUUCAUACAGCACACACACACUGUGUGAUAGUGGAGCAGAAAUACCACAGAGUGCAGUUUCACACUAUGUUUAAUCAUUUACUGAUAAUAUUAAAUAAAAAGAACACAGAGAUCCAGAUGCUGCUUUUUAAAGCUCAGAUUUAAAGCUGAACUCUUGUUGAUGUGUAAUUAUGAAUCUCACAUGCAGGUAAAUUAAAGUCGUCAUUAAAUGUAUUAAACAAGGAUUGUCUGUGGUUGUUCUCGCUGUCUGUCUGUCUGUCUGUCUGUCUGUCUGUCUGUCUGUCUGUGAGACUGUCUGUCUGCAGACCGGUGGUGACAUUAAAGGAUGAAGAUUAAAAAGAAA